AUGCGUUCGCACGGGGACUGGGUUUCGUUAGAAGGCAUAGCUACUAGCUUGCUCGACGGCAGCCCUAUCGCGAUUGCUAUUACGGUCUUCAUCGCGUUCGGACUGCCCGUCCUAUUGCAUCUUCUUUUUUACCGAACGGUUGCAUCUCCGCCGUCUAGCAAUUUCUUGCUCUUGGGCCCUAAUGGAGCUGGAAAGACCGCUCUCUUGACUCUGCUCGAAGCAAAGUCGUCUCCUGCUCGUACAGAUAUUCGAGUCACUCAUACGUCCCAAACAUCUACUGCAGCUACCAUCAGCCUUCCCGCCUCGGUGCCGACCGCAUCAAAUCGCUACAGAUCGGUGAAUGAUACUUCGUUGAAGGAUAUUGCCAAGAACCCGGUCAAAUAUCGGUUGAUGGACACUCCUGGUCAUGGAAAACUCCGUGAAUCCCAAGCUAUCUCGCAGUUGCUCUCCAUGUCGGCCUCAAAGGAUGCCAAGUCGAAGUUGCGUGGUGUCUUGUACAUGGUGGACACUGCAGUACUUGCCAACCCCGAAACCCUACGGGAUACGGCCAAUUACUUGUACGAUGUGCUCUUGAUCCUUCAGAGACGUGCUUUGAGUAGGGGAAAGAAAGCAGCAUCUGAAGUUCCUGUGCUUGUGGCUGCCAACAAACAAGACCUCUUCACCGCCCUACCGCCUGGAUCCGUGCGGGAGAAAUUGGAGGAUGAGAUUAGUAAACUCCGGAACUCUCGCAGCAAAAAUCUUCUGGAUGCUAGUGUUGACGCUGGCAUUGCCGAUGACGAAGACGAUAUUCUAGGCAGCAGCAACCCCCAUGAUAGAUUCUCGUUCCAGUCUUUGAAAGACGAAGUUGGUAUAGUAGUAGACAUUGUCGGAGGAGCAGUCAUGGGCGAUGAAGAGAGCAAUCUUGGAUCUGGUGUGCGCAAAUGGGAGGAAUGGAUAGGUCAAUGCCUCAGAGGAUCAUCUGCGGAAACAAGCUUGCAAUCAGGACUGGUGACGGAGUAUCCAGCUGUAGCGUGCAAGCUGCAGUACUUGAGGGCUUUACAGCAACAAUUGGUGCCAGAGGACCCUCUGACAUCUCAAACAGGUACUAGCUGUACGAUCCGACUACUUUCAAAAUUCGAUUCAAUCCCACUGAGAUGGCGGUAG